CGCCAUUUUAUUGAAUUCUUUUUCUUUUAUUACAUAUUCACAUGUUGGAGCAUUUACCUUCAGAAAUAACGUGGCAUAUCCUAUCAUUUCUUCACGUUCGAGACCUUGCAUCGCUUCGAUUGAUUUGUAAGCGCUUGCAAGUACUCUGCGACUACCCUGCGCAUUGGCGACAUGUCACCCUCAUACCGGAAGUCAGUGGUUCACUAUCGUCAAAACUGUCACCAUGCCAUUCUCCAUCAUUAUGGCAGCUUUCAGAAUUGCGAUCGAUCAUUGCUCCUCAUCGCAUGCAUAUUCGAUCCAUUCAUAUUUGGGGUGUGCGCGAUACUAUUGUUCGUUAUCUAUUAGAACAAUGUCCUCUGUUGGAAAAGUUAUCACUGUGUAGCUGGACGACGUUAUCCGAUCAUGCGUUCAAGUUGCCAUUGCCAAGACGGCUCCGACUCCGACAUCUCGAACUCAUCAGUCGAUCCGCCACAAGUUAUGUGGCCAUGGAUUCCAACUGUCUAGGACGACUUUUCACCAUGUGUCCCGAUCUGCAAAAAUUAGUUUUGACAUGUCCAAGCCAUAUCCGCGCACAAACGCUUGUGAAGCAAUUUAAACGUCAUCGACCGAGUGAGUUGAUGAUUCUAACCAUGAUUGUCCAGCGUGAAUGGCCAGAAAACUUGGAAUCCGACAUUUUAGCUGCAUGCCCGGGAUUAAAGCAAUUAUGUCUGCAGCAAUGCAUGCUGCCCGCUCCUGUUUCUGACGUCCUGCCGAAACUUACAUUGGAGUCUCAUUAGAUACUGAAGGAUACAUUGUAUAUAUUGUUUUUUUUUUAUACCAAUCUCUCUUUUCUUUUAUCAUCUCGCAUAGCACAGAAAAUACACUUUCAUCAGCGAUGAAAAAAUAACAUUCUUCAUGAC